UCUUCCCUCAGUUCUCACUUAUUUUAUCAGUCCCACCUCUCUCUCUCUCUCUGUAUCAGUUAUCUCUUCUUACUUAUUUAGCUUUCUCCUCAAUCUACUUUCAUAUCUAGGUUUGCUACUAGUUGAAGGAGACUAAAGGGAGAGAGCAAUCAGAGAUAAUCACUCUCAGUUCUUCCUCCGUCUCUUUCUUCAUAUUCUUUUCUCUAUCUCCCCCCUCUCUAUUGUUCAUGGACAUUAAUUGUCAGUUUAGGAGUCCAUUUGUCACAAACCCAUUACAGUUUCCAUCAAUAGAAACCUCUGGUCAGUUAGAUUUCAUUCACGGGAAGAAAAAUGAACGGAAGUAUCAUUCCCCAUUGGGAUACCCUAAAAUUUUUUUCCUUUACACAUUACUAUUUUUUCAACUUCUCGGUUUCACUUCUCAGUUUGUUUCCGGCCACCAAUGGGAUGGCAUUGUUGUCACCCAAGCAGACUAUCAAGCUCUCCGUGCCUUCAAGCAUGAGCUAAUCGAUUUCAAAGGCAUAUUGCGCAGCUGGAACGACACUGGGUAUGGAGCUUGUUCUGGUGGGUGGGUAGGAAUCAAAUGCGUCAACGGACAGGUUAUUGCCAUCCAGCUUCCAUGGAAGGGUUUGGGAGGCCGAAUCUCCGAGAAGAUUGGGCAGCUUCCGGCGCUUCGAAAGAUCAGCCUCCACGACAAUGUUCUUGCUGGCACUGUCCCUUGGUCCCUCGGGUUUCUUCCCAAUCUUAGAGGGGUUUACCUCUUCAAUAACCGGCUUUCAGGUUCUAUUCCUCCUUCAAUUGGUAACUGUCCUGUUCUUCAGACUCUUGAUUUAAGUAGCAAUGCUCUCACUGGGACAAUCCCUCCUAGUCUUGCCAACUCAACCAGGCUAUUCAGACUUAACCUUAGCUUCAAUUCAUUGACUGGUUCAAUACCAAGUAGUCUCACUCGGUCAUCUUCUCUGACACUCCUUGCUCUCCAGCACAACAAUAUCUCUGGUUCUAUUCCGAAUACUUGGGGUGGAACAGUAAAGAAUACUUACCACCUUCAGCUCUUGACUUUUGAUCAUAAUCUUAUCUCUGGAACUAUUCCGGUUUCUUUUAGCAAGUUGAGUUGGCUUCAAGAGAUUUCUCUUAGCCAUAACCGCCUUGCCGGGACCAUACCGAGUGAGCUAGGGAGCCUCUCAAGGCUCCAAAGGCUUGAUUUUUCAUACAACUCCAUCAAUGGUAGCUUUCCUGCUAGCUUUUCCAACCUCUCCUCUCUUGUUUCCUUGAACCUAGAGGGCAACCACCUUGAAAACCAGGUUCCAGAAGAACUGGACAGGUUACAAAACCUGUCAGUACUGAACCUAAAGAAUAAUCAAUUAGAAGGCCAGAUCCCUGCAACAAUUGGGAAUAUCUCAGGCAUUAGACAAAUUGACUUUUCUGGGAAUAAUUUUACUGGAGAAAUUCCAGCAUCAUUUGCCAUGCUAGCAAACCUCAGUUCUUUCAACGUUUCUUACAACAAUCUGUCUGGUCCCGUCCCAUCCCUCCUUUCCAGAAAGUUCAAUUCAAGCUCUUUUGCUGGGAAUAUUCAGCUGUGUGGGUACAGCUCUUCAACCCAAUGUCCUUCUCCCCCACCUCAGAACCUUCCAGCAUCACAAGGGAAUUCGAAACCCCAUCACCGCAGACUAAGCACCAAGGACAUAAUUCUCAUAGCAGCUGGUGCCCUCCUAGCGGCUCUACUUGUUAUUUGCUGCAUUUUGCUGUGCUGUUUGAUCAGGAAAAGAGCUGCUUCGAAAGGAAAAAAUGGUAAAGCCGCCAACUGGGGUGCUGCGAGUAGCUCUGAGAAGGCAGUACCUGCUGGCACUCAAGUUGAGUCGGGAGCUGAAACCGGUGGAAAAUUAGUUCACUUUGACGGCCCAUUUGUCUUCACUGCUGACGAUCUAUUGUGUGCUACUGCCGAAAUUAUGGGGAAGAGUACGUAUGGGACUGCAUACAAGGCUACACUGGAUGAUGGUAAUCAAGUUGCCGUGAAGAGGCUGAGGGAAAAGAGUACAAAGGGUCUCAAGGAGUUUGAAAAUGAGGUUGCUGCACUAGGCAGAAUCCGAUACCCGAAUCUCUUGGCCCUCAGAGCCUAUUACGUGGGACCAAAGGGAGAAAAGCUUCUUGUUUUCGAUUACAUGCCAAACGGGACUCUUGCAUCUUUUCUCCAUGCACGCGGGCCAGAAACCAUCAUUGAGUGGCCUACAAGGAUGAACAUAGCCAAGGGCAUUGCACGCGGUUUACUCCAUCUGCACACCCAGGUGGACAUGAUACAUGGGAAUCUCACAUCAAGCAACAUACAACUCGACGAGAAGACAAACGCCCAUAUUGCAGACUAUGGCCUCUCUCGCCUCAUGACUGCUGCUGCCAACACCAAUGUGAUCGCCACUGCUGGAACAAUUGGCUACAAUGCACCAGAGCUCUCAAAGAUCAAGAAGGGCAACACCAAGACUGAUGUAUACAGUUUUGGGGUCAUUAUAUUGGAGCUCUUGACAGGGAAAUCACCCAGUGAGGGGGUGAAUGGGAUGGAUUUGCCCCAGUGGGUGGCAUCAAUUGUAAAGGAGGAGUGGACAAACGAAGUGUUUGAUUUGGAACUGAUGAGGGAUGUGCAAUCAAUAGGCGAUGAACUGUUAAACACACUGAAAUUAGCUUUGCACUGUGUUGAUCCCUCACCAGCAGCACGGCCUGAGGUUCAGCAAGUUCUGGAGCAGUUGGAGGAAAUUAAGCCAGAGCUGCCUGCAUUUUCAGGUGAUGAUGGGGGGGCUGGAGUGCCAUCAGCAGACGAUGAUGGAGGGAGACAAAUUCCCAUCAGCAAGUGAAUAAAAUGGCUUAUAUAUAUAGUUGGGUUUCUUUUAUUUUUUAUCAUCAUUAAUAUUAUUAACUUGGUUUAUAGAAGCUGUGAGAGAGAUAGGUACUGCUCAAAUUCUUUUAAUUCUCAUUAUUUUUUAAGUGUAUCUAAAUACCAGCCCAUGUGGUUGAGAAUAAGGAGUUGCUCUUCUUUUCUU